AUGGUAUCAAACAUGAUGAAGCUAGUAUUAUUGGUGUCUGUUUUAAGUUCUGUGUAUCUAACAUCUUCUGCUCAAAAAUGCAAGGAAUUCGUAUUCCCUAACCAAAAGGUAUUUGCCAAUUGUACUGAUCUUUCUCAAUCCUCUUACAUCCAUUGGACUUCUGAUCCAUGGUCUGUGAAAAUAGCAUUCAGACACAGUGGAAUCACAUUAAUAGAUAGAUGGGUUGCAUGGGGUAUAAAUGCAAACAAUAAUAUGAAUACAUCCAUGAUUGGAGCACAAGUUAUAGUUGUUAAGCCUCAAUUAAGUGGUGCUCCAAAGUUGUAUGCUACUCACAUUGGUAGCUAUCACACCCAUUUGGAAGAGGGAGAUUUUUUAUAUCCUUAUGAUCAUCUGGAAGCUACCUAUCAAAAUAACGAGGUCACUAUUUAUGGUACAUUUGGCCUUCCUAAGGGUACCACAUCUUUGGUUCACCUUUGGCAAGAUGGUCCUCUUGUUGGUUCUGUUCCUCAUAGACAUGAACUAGAUGAUGCUCACCUUCAUUCUAAGGCGGUCUUGAAUUUGAUUUAA